AUGGCGGCUGUGGUGAAGCAGGAGGUGGUGGAGGAAGAGAGAGAUGGUGGUGGUUGCGGCGGUAGUGAGAGAGAGAAUGAGAGAAAAAUGGGAGUUUCUGAGGCAGUUUCUGAGGCAGUAGCUGCUGUUCCCCUCAGUAUUUGUGCACCGGAGGCUCCACGCAGAAGUCGCCGAGAACGGAACCCGUCGGCUGCACUUCGAUCACCAUACGUGCACAGCGCCGUGCCGAGACCCGUCGACUCACAGUAUGUUGACGGGUUUGACCGUAUGAUGAAAGCUGGCAACCGUGGCAACUACCGGACGAUGUCGGUGGCAGAGAGCGAACACCCUCUCCCGUUUAGCUUUUGGACCACUAUGCAAAACACGAUAAGAGACCUCUCGUCCAAUGCUGUUGAUUGCUACAUGAUGACGAUGAGAUCGAGGUUGAUGAGGGGUGAUGACUUGAUAGACGGUGUUGAUGCGAGGACCACCAUCGUAUUGGAUACAGAGUUAUUCAAAUAUUUCGAUGAUGAAUUCACGCAGUUGAAGUCAGCGUGGCGGGAAAUGUUUCCCGCGAAGGCAGAAGGGCGGUUUAUAUAUUCCGACGGAGUUUUUGCGUCGUGGCAACCGCAUUCCAAGAAGAUGUAUAUGGUGCAUGGGCAGGGGGUAUCUUCGACUCAUGGCGAUUGGAUGAAUGCCACAACGCUCAUUUUGCCUAUACAUGUGUGUGGACGUUACAUUACAUGCCGAGUGGAUUUGCUGAGUGGAGUUUGCGACAUCUUCGAUUCGCAGUUGUUCAAGACCAUGCCGCAGCCGCGCUUCGAUGUGAUCGCCGCCCUAUAUCCGCUGCAGUGCCUGUUGGGUAAGAUGCUUGAAGUGUCCCAGUGGUUCGCAAGGACCACGAUUGUCGACAACCCGUUGGAAAACCUCCAAUGGCGAAGGUUGAAAAUCCAAUAUGCCGACGAGAAUGAGCAGUUCCAGCAGCCAGAUCAAUGCAGCUCCGGUGUUUUUGCGUGCAUGUAUGUGGAGCGUCUGAUAUCAGGCUCGCCGAGCCUUGCGUGGGGCAAUGGGCACGCCGCCGACUAUAGGCGCAAGAUAGGCAGUAGCAUCUACGAGUUUUGCAUCCCCGCAUCGAAAUAGCUUAUGUAUUUGUACAUUUAAAUGAUAAUUAUGCAAAUGACGUUUUGAUUA